AUGAUGUGUGCAGUGUUAUCAGCGGACGAGAGGCCCGAGGCUAUGAAGAAAGGCAUAGCUUAUGGGGCGUGCGAGUACCUGGUGAAACCAGUGCAAACCAAGCACCUCGAUAUCAUGUGGGGGCAUGUCAUGGCGAGGAGAACCCCUGAACCAUGGAGCCUCAGCAGCAGCAUCCGUAAUGCUGCCGCUGAGAAGGCGCAGCCUACAGGAGGACCCGGCGCCGGCGAGCAGGACGGUGCAAAGAGCACCAAACGUGGAUGGACGAAGAGUCAUGAACAUGAUGAAGAUGGCCAUGAUGCGAACAAGGAGAACUUGUCACCAAACCCAUCGACCUGGAAGAAGCCGAGGACGACAUGGAGAAAUGAUCUGCAUGACAAGUUUGUGGAGGCUGUCAGUCAGAUCGGCAUCAAGAGGGCUGUUCCAUCGAAGAUACUGGCCGCCAUGAAUGUGGAUAACGUCUCCAGAGAGAGUGUUGGGAGUCAUCUGCAGAAGUACAGGAUGCAUCUCGCAAGGACCGAGGACGGGGCAGACGAGAGGCGCAAUUUGCUUGUUGCUGAAAGCUGGGGAGAAGGUAUCAAGUAUUUCCAUGGACAUGGGAUAUAUCGGCCGUCCACAAACCCUGCCUCUUGGAACCUUGCCAGUCUCCCCACAAGGAUGGAUCAUCCGUCCGCGUUCAGAGCGCGUGGUGCCGGUGUCCAUGGUGGCAGCAUGCUCUUCAGGCCUUGGUUGUCGUGGCUGCUGCCGGGUUCGAGACAGCGGCCCUCUUCCUCCAGCGCAUAUGCAAACAGGACAAAUGGCACAGGGGCGUGGGACGAAUUUGGUUCCAGCCAUUCCCGCGGCGAGUCAUCCUACAUGGGCAUGCUGCGUGGCAAUCUACUGGGGGCAAACAGAGGCUUUCAGGGUAGUGGCAGCUCCCUUGCGGACGGAAAUAGACACAAUGGUGGGACCUCUUUGCCGGUGAAUCAGUUUUCAGUGCGGCCAUCUCGCCUACUGGGGUUCCAGCCUCCGGUUCAGAGGAGUCCGUAUGGAGACGCCGGGAACCGCCUAGGCAACUCCUGGCAAGCAGCUGUGAAGUAUCCUGAUCUUAGCCGUGACUAUUGGAACAUCCCCAACAUCAACCAGCUCACAGGCCUUGCAGCCUCACCAGCUGGCCGGAUAGCUGGCCAAACACCGAUGAGUCUCGACAACCUGAAGAACCAAAUAGCAGCUUUCGUAAACGGCACAACAUCGAUGGCAGGUUCCGGUGAGGAGAUGGCGUCGUCGUUCGACGCCGGUGUAGCCAUCAACAACAGCACAAGCUCAGUACAGGUGUUGAAUGGUGACUUCGCAAUCGACGGCAACACAAGCUCGGUAGAGAUGUUGAAUGGUGACCUCGCAAUCAACGACAACACAGGCUGGGUAGAGAUGCUGAAUGGUUACCUCGCAAUGGAUGGCGGCACAAGCUUGGUGGAGAUGCCGAAUGGUGACUUCGCACUUGGUAGCGCUUCAAGCAUCCGUGCUGCAAUGCCUGACCUUCAGAUGGGCAUUUCUGCCGCGCCAACUCAGAUGCUGAAUGAUGGUGGUGCAGGCGGCGUUCUCCCUGCGCAAGCACAAGGCACAGCUGAUCAGGAAGCUGUUGAUGGUCAACUGAAUAUCGACAGUGAUGAUUUCUUGGAAGCUGUUGUUGAUAGUUUUUCAAUGGAUGACAUUCUUACCACGAUCAACAUGCUUAAUGAGGUAAGAAGCUUUCCCUUUCUUUUCCUGCAUGAUGCCUGCCCAUUUUUACCCAGCCUGCUUUCGUUUUGGCAUUUACUAUCUUGUCUCUAA